AUGAUGACCAAUGCAAUUAUUCCUCUCGUCUAUGGGUUAUUAAUUGGUAAAAAUUCAGAAGAUUAUAAUUUUUUUUUCGAAAAAGUUUUAGUACAAGACAACUUCCAACCUGAAUCAAUUAUGACUGAUUUCGAAACUGGCACAAUCAAAUCAGUGAAAGAUAUGUUGCCAAAUGUGUUACACAAAGGUUGUCUCUUUCAUUUUUCACAAGCGGUAUGGCGACAAGUUCAAAGCAAAGGAUUAACAACCAAAUAUAAUGAGGAUGAGUAUUUUCGCUUAAAUGUAAAAAAAUUAAUUGCUCUUGCUUUUGUUCCACUAGAUCAAGUUAUCACUGGCUUUGCCUUAAUUUGUGAUCAAUUCGACGAUGACGCCGACGAUUUACUCGAUUAUUUUGAAAAAACAUGGAUUGGUGAAAAAAGAAGAAGAGGAGCUGGUCGAAAGAAUCCUCAAUUCGACCAUAAAUUAUGGAACGUUUAUGAUCGUGUCGUCGCUACGAUACCUCGAUCCAAUAAUUCGGUGGAAGGUUGGCACAAUGCAUUUGCUAACCGUGUUGCAUUAAAUCAUCCAAAUAUUGUGAAAUUGGCGGAGAAAAUUCGUCGUGAACAAUCAAAAUUUGAAGUGGACAUGGCGAAGAUUCUUCAAGGUCACAUUAUUAAGACGAAAAAGGCCUGCUAUCGAAAAUUGGACGAACGUAUUAAUCGACUGGUCAACGGAUUCGACGCAUCUCAACUGGAUGAAUUCUUAAAAAAUAUGGCAGCCAAUGUUACUCUUUAG